AUGCAAAACGAGCCCUGGGGCGACGAAUACGCCUGCGGCACCGAGUCCAAAUUCAUUGCGCUCGAAGUCCCGGACAAUGACGACGACUAUGACUCCGAGUGCGAGUCUACGGCCACCCGUGCCGCGUCACGCAGGUCGUCCGGCGGCGCCAAUCAGCUGCGUACUCCUUCCCACACCAGCACCCGCGGCAGCGGUUCCGCUGCUGCAGCUGCUGGUGCUACCAAGCGGUGGUCUCUAAUCUCAAACAGCUCCAAGAAACGGUGGUCUACGAUGUCCUUUGCCAGCGACGAACGCAGCCGCGGGCAGGCCGUGCAUGCCGCACAAGCGGCUCUCGCUACCACUCCGACGGGGUCCGUCGCGUCCUCCGCCACUUCCCACAAGCGUCGCUCCGUGGGAUCUCCCUCACCGGCCCUCAAACGGUCCUCAACGGGCGCGUCCCUGCGCAACAUGCUGGGCAAAAUCGGGCUUCAGGACGACACCAAGGAGAACCGCGCGCCGGCGGCUUCACCGGCAACAACGGCCAAACCGAACAAGUCUACGAAAACUGCCACCCCUGCAAAGCCCACUUCACCCUUACAACAACUCGAUGCCAACAUUUACAACCGUGUCAAUCGCGCAAACCGCACCAACCAACGCAAUUCCUACAUGAACGCAUCCCCGUCGCUCGAUAACGUGAGCGUGUUUUCCGCAAGUAGUCAGUCCUCUACCUCUUCCAAAUGGAAGUUUUGGAAAAAAAAAACCGGCGACGAUUUUUACGCAGACUCAAUCUCGCCUGACUUGCCGGAUGCCACCACCGACCCGACUGCACAUGCUUACACUCUCAAUACCCGCAGAUCUCAUUCGUCCCUCAAACACAAAUCUUCCCAUUCCUCACUCACUUCGCUCAAACGGCUGAGUUCUCACCGCAAUUCGUGCACGAGUGACUCCAUCUCACUGCCCAUGCCCGACCAAGCCUCUCGCGAUAAACUGCGAAACAAAUUGCGCAAUUCAUCGUCGUUGUUGUCGCUGAACUCGACCGUUAUCACGGAAGAGUACGAUCAGUUCCAAUUGUCACAACUGCUCGAAAUAUGUCAACAGCCAAAAGCGGUACCCAUUGAAUCCGCAGUGCCCAAUUGGGGGUCCCUCAAACGGGUCUCUACACAUGUGUUCAAGGGCUCCGAUUCCGUUUUCAAAGUUCUUCCAUUGGGACAGGACGAUUUCACGCACAGUAAACAUAUCCGCCUCAAGGAAUUGCAAUUAUUGCGCUUGUUCACGGGCACGCCCGGGUUUACGCAGUUGCUUGCGUGCCAUCUCACUUUGAUCCACGACGAACCCACGUUGGUAUGCGAAUUGCGUCACGGCGGUACUCCUUUAUCACAACUUUGCGUCGAAUCCUGCUCCGAGGCUCUCAGUAUCUGGUGGCAAUGCGUUGUGAUCCUGUAUGCGGGCGAAUCCAAGUUCCAAUUUGAGCAUCGAGACUUACAACUCGAGCAUGUACUCGUCGAUCCCAAUGGUAACGUUACGCUCUGCGAUUAUAAGCUUGCACGCGCUGCCAGCGGCGCGGUCGUUUACUACACACGGCUGGACCAUCCUUCGUUUUUCCAAGGUCGUGGCGAUCGUCGUUACGAAGUUUACGCCGCGAUGCGCGCCUGGUGCUCGGACUCGUGGCUCAAGUUCGCACCUAGAACGAAUUUAUUGUGGUUACAUUACUUGGGUACCCAAUUGCUCGAUCGUACGCGUUCUCGCGUUACCAAUGCGGACGAUCAUGUCAGUCACGCACAGCUCACAAGACUCGUUUCGUUGCUGGACCCGCGUCGACGCAGACACACUUUGUUCCGACGUACCGACGAUAUUGCCACUGCAGGCGAUUUGCUUCGGUUGCGCCCAUGA